GCCUCAACAUACUUCUGAGUUUCCUCUGUGUUUCCUAUUUCCUCAACUUUGAACCCACCUACCAAUCAUUCGUUGCUCAAGUUUCCAAAUUGAAGAAGGCAAAAGACAAAAGCUUGACCAAAUUCAAAUACUACCGUUGAGAAGAACUUAUAUAUGUCAAGUUGAGCUGUACUUUUAAACAUAUUGAGAGAGAGAGAAGUUUAACUGUUUCAGAUUCAUUAGUGUUUAUGUGUUCCAAGUUCCAUGAGUAUAAGAUGGCCAAGAGUGUUGACACCCACAUACCUCUGUCAAAUUAUAAAAAUCCAAAAGAACCCAUUAAAGGCUCUUCACAUUUUCAAUGAAGCCAAAACUAAGUACCCUAAUUAUUGCCACAAUGGUCCUGUAUAUGCCACCAUGAUCAACAUCCUUGGAACAUCAGGGAGACUCACUGAGAUGAGGGAUGUGAUUGAGCAAAUGAGAGAGGAUUCAUGUGAAUGUAAAGAUUCUGUCUUUGUGUCUGCUAUUAAGACAUAUGCAAAUGCUGGGCUGGUAGAUGAAGCAAUUUCUCUAUAUAAGAACAUUCCUCAGUUUAAUUGUGUGAAUUGGACAGAAUCCUUCAAUACCCUAUUGCAGAUAAUGGUGAAUGAGAGCCGGCUUGAAGUUGCACACCGUCUUUUCGUUGAGAGCUCUUGUGGUUGGGAAGUGAAGUCACGGAUUAGAGCAUUGAACUUGCUUAUGUAUGCUCUUUGUCAGAGGAGCCGCUCUGAUUUGGCAUUGCAAAUAUUUCAAGAGAUGGAUUAUCAAGGCUGCUACCCUAAUAGGGACAGCUAUGCAAUUUUGAUGAAGGGAUUGUGCCAAGAUAGGAGGUUGCAUGAGGCCACCCAUUUGUUAUAUUCGAUGUUUUGGAGGAUCUCACAGAAAGGUAAUGGAGAGGAUAUUGUGGUCUAUAGAACGCUUUUGGAUGCUCUAUGUGAUGACGGAAAAUUGGAAGAAGCUGUGGAAAUUCUGGGUAAAAUUUUGAGAAAAGGACUAAAAGCUCCAAAGCGAUGUUAUAAUCGACUUGAUCUUAACCAAUUCUGGGAUGGUAAAGAUAUAGAAGCCAUGAAACGCUUGAUUCAUGAAGCUUUGAUUAAGGGCUCAGUUCCUUGUUUGGCGAGUUAUAAUGCCAUGGCUAUUGAUCUGUACAGUGAAGGUAAGAUAGGUGAGGGUGAUAACGUUAUCAUUGAAAUGCAACAUAGAGGCUUUAAACCAACGCAUUCUAUCUACGAGGCAAAGGUAGCUGCAUUGUGCAAAGUUGGCAAAUUGGAUGAAGCAAUCGAGGUAAUUGAGGAAGACAUGGUGAAAGUCAAUUGUCUACCAACUGCUAGGGUGUACAAUAUUCUCUUGAAAAACCUCUGCAAUGUGGGAAAUUCAACAGCUGUGAUCGAGAGCUUGAACAAGAUGUCUAACAAGGUGGGUUGUGCAGGUGACAGGGAAACAUAUGGCCUUUUGCUGGAAAUGCUUUGUGGUGAGAAAAGGUAUCUCGAGGCAAGUCAACUUCUGGAGACAAUGUCAAUUAAAUCAUAUUGGCCUUGUGCCAACAGUUACAAUGCUCUCAUUAAGGGUCUUUGCUCCUUAGGUAGGCAAUAUGAUGCUGUUAUGUGGUUAGAGGACAUGAUAAGCCAAGGGAAGCUUCCUGAAAUUUCUGUUUGGAAUUCAUUGGUGUCUUUGUUUUGUAACUCAGAAAAUAUAAAAUUAUCCUCUAAUACAUUUAAUCGCCUAAGAAGUUUGUGAUUCUAAAUGGUGUUGUAGAUAUAUAGUGGCUAAUUAAUUAUUAGAAUCAUGUACUACCAAAUUUUAGUUUAAUAUAUAUGCUUCCCUUUACUAGGUUCAAAGACACCAUGUUUAGUGCUGAUUCAGUUGCUGACUUGGUCUUCAAACUUGUUCAGUUACCAAGUUUGCAUUCUCUUUUGUGGCCCAAAACUUCAGGCACAGAAUAUGAUUGGGCAUGAAAUCUCUGUCUUAAGGUUUGCAUGAC